CGCUUACUCAAAGUCUUUUGUAAUAUAUAAAUGAACAUUGAGGUUCUCGUACAUGAGCAGUGAGAUUUACUGGGUGUAGCAAGACUUCAAGAGCAUAUAAUAAGUUAAAACCUGUCCCGACAACAGCAUGUCCUCCUCGGUUCCCAAAGUGAGGUUGGCCGGAGGUCUGGAGAUCUGCCGAGUCCUGAACGGGAUGUGGCAGGUGUCCGGAGCUCACGGAACCGUGAGCAAAACCAAAGCAGUUGAGGCCAUGCAGGCCUAUGUGGACGCUGGACUGACCACGUUCGACAUGGCAGACAUUUAUGGGCCGGCUGAAGAGAUUUAUGGACUGUUCAAUAACCAGCUGAAAUCCUCAGGAAGUGCAGCUCCAGCUCUGCAGGGUCUAACGAAAUUUGUCCCCCGACCAGGACCGAUGGACCGCAGGGUGGUGGAGAAGGCGCUGCAGCGCUCCAUGAGCCGCAUGCAGGUGGACGCCCUGGACUGUGUUCAGUUUCACUGGUGGGACUACAAAGACAAGCGAUACCUGGAUGCUCUGGGACACCUGUCUGACCUGCAGCAGGAGGGAGUCAUACGGGAGCUUGCCCUCACUAACUUUGACACACAGAGACUGGAGGAGAUCACUCAGAAAGGCAUCUGCAUCUCCAGCAACCAGGUUCAGUACUCUCUGAUCGACCAGCGACCUGCAGCCAGGAUGGAGCAGUUCUGCGUGGCCAACAACAUAAAGCUCCUCACGUAUGGAACGCUGGCCGGCGGCCUGCUCUCUGAGCGUUAUUCGGGGAAGGCGGAGCCCAGCUCACGGGCGGAGCUCAACACUGCCUCCCUCUCCAAGUACAAGAACAUGAUUGACUCCUGGGGCGGAUGGACUCUCUUCCAGGACCUCCUCGUUGCCUUGGAGACAGUGGCCAAGAGGCACGGCUGCUCAGUGGCCAGCGUGGCCACACGGUACGUGCUGGACCGCCCAGCCGUGGGCGGUGUCAUUGUCGGGUGUCGGUUUGGCGUCGCCGGGGCGGGGCAGCACAUCGGCGACAGCCUGCGCAGCUGCAGCCCUGAGCUGCAGCUGACGGCAGAUGAUCACGCAGCCAUAGAGGGCGUCACGCGGCGCGCCGCCGACCUGAUGGCGCUCAUAGGAGACUGUGGGGAUGAGUACAGGAGAUGAGGGGGGGGAGGGGCGGGAUGACAGAUCCAGUCAGGAAAUCCAGUGAGGAAGAGGAGGAGAAAAGAAUAAAAAACAAAAACUUCUCAGGGAAUAAAUUUGUUGAAUCUGUUUAAAAGUACCACUAUUUACUUGCUUUGCAAUAUUUAAAUUUCACCAUAAUAUUUUGCUUUUCCUUCUUCAAGACUUUCCUUAUUUCAAAGCAGUGUUUUCCAUGUUUUAUUUUUCUUUGCUCCUCAUGCAAUUUUUUAUAAUCUCUUUGCCAAUAUUUUAUGUACAGCACUAUGAACCCAAGUUUCUAGGGAUACUAAAUAAUAAAAUGGUUUUCCAUUUGCUUUUUUUGAUGUCUGCAUAAUGUAAAUGUUUUUAAAAGCUUCUUUUAGUUACACCCUCACAAACAAAAAUCCAGCAUUAAACGUUCUGUGUGAAAGUCGUCUUUUUUUUUUUUUUGUUUUACAUUUUAAGAAUUUUAUUGUCCCUUUAUACUACAUUGAUCAUGACAAAAAUUGCUCUCAUAAGAAAUGUCCAAAUGUGUUUGUUAAUGGUGUAUAAUAAAGAAAUAUUUUAUUCCAA